CGUGACUCCCCACUGUAAUAUAAAUACAGCACUACCUAUUACUUGCUCCAAUUUACAAUCGGGUAUUUAUAUUGUGUACAGUAUUUAUGUGAUUUAACAGUUUGGUGUACGAUAUAUGCGUUGUGUUUGUUAUUCAUUCUGUACAAUAUUAUAAUUUCACAAAAAUGAUGAAGAAAAUUGCCAUAAUUUUACUUUUCGCCAUUAUAUACACAGUAUCAGCAAUUCCAUAUCCGGACGAAUAUGGAGGUUUUGAAUUCACCAACAGAAGAAACCGAGCUCCUGCAGAUGAAGAAGAACAUGUAGAUUACUACGCUCAUCCAAAAUACUCGUUCAAUUACGGUGUAGAAGACCCACAUACAGGAGAUGUGAAAAGUCAGCACGAAUAUCGCGACGGAGAUGUAUUAAAAGGCGCUUACACCGUUCACGAUCCAGAUGGUACCGUUAGAACUGUCGAAUAUACAGCCGACAAGGAGAAUGGUUUCAACGCCGUCGUCCAUAAAAGUGGACACGCCGUUCAUCCACAAGAUUAUCAUACUGGCGAUCGCGAUGUAGAUACCAAAUCUUACUAAGCUUGGUUGCUGAAUUUGAUGCCCUCUCCCCCUCUAUACUGCCUAUAAAAACCAUGUAAAAUUAAGUCACAAAUGAAAACUUUUCAACUUUUACUGUAAAUAGAUGCACCAUUUAGAUACCAUACAUGUCUAAUGAAAGAUUACCUAUUUAUUGUGUAAAGAAAGAAAAAAUACCUAGUCAUGAAUUUGAAACAAAUUUUGUGCAGUAUAUUUUAGUUAUAAGAACUAUGUUAUAUUAUUUAUUUUUUGUCAUCAUAGUUGUAAAAUGAAUGAAAAUAAUAAAAUUGAAUUUGUGUAAUGA